CCUCCAUCUAGUUCUCGUUUAAUAUGUUUGAUCACCCCAUCCCUCGGGUCUUCCAGAACCGCUUCUCAACCCAAUACCGCUGCUUCUCAGUCUCCAUGCUUGCUGGACCUAAUGACAGGUCAGAUGUGGAGAAAGGCGGGAAGAUAAUUAUGCCACCGUCGGCUUUGGAUCAACUCAGCCGACUUAAUAUUACUUACCCGAUGCUGUUUAAGCUGACCAAUAAAAAUUCAGACCGAAUGACGCACUGUGGGGUGCUUGAAUUUGUGGCCGAUGAGGGCAUAUGCUACCUGCCACACUGGAUGAUGCAGAACCUGCUGCUGGAGGAGGGAGGCCUGGUGCAAGUGGAGAGUGUUAAUCUUCAAGUUGCUACUUACUCAAAAUUUCAGCCACAGAGUCCUGAUUUUCUUGACAUCACCAAUCCCAAAGCUGUAUUAGAAAAUGCAUUGAGAAACUUUGCUUGUCUGACUACUGGGGAUGUUAUUGCCAUCAACUACAAUGAAAAGAUCUAUGAGCUUCGGGUAAUGGAGACCAAACCGGAUAAGGCUGUGUCCAUCAUAGAAUGUGACAUGAAUGUGGAUUUUGAUGCUCCUUUGGGGUACAAAGAACCAGAAAGAAGUGCACAACAUGAAGAGACCACAGAUGUUGAAGCAGACCACAGUGGAUAUGUGAGUGACAUAGGAUUUCGCGCAUUCUCUGGUUCUGGGAACAGACUGGAUGGCAAGAAGAAAGGUGUUGAGCCUAGUCCAUCGCCAAUUAAACCAGGAGACAUUCGAAGAGGAAUACCCAACUAUGACUUCAAGAUCGGUAGAAUCACGUUCAUUAGAAACUCACGUCCACUAGUUAAGAAAAUCGAAGAGGAUGAAUCUGGAAGCCGGUUUAUUGCCUUUUCAGGAGAAGGCCAAUCCCUGCGCAAAAAGGGAAGAAAACCCUAAGCUGCGGUACCCGUAGUCAGUUAGGAGGAAAAUAAAAUAACGAUUGCAGCA